AUGAGAAGCAAGGAAAUAAAUAAACUAAAUGCGCAAAUCGCGUGGUGUAAAGGAUUUACAACUAAAAUAGAGAAACUUUUAAACGAAACGGACAAUCCUUUGGAUCAAGAAUCAGCAAUAAUCAGAUUAGAACAAACUGAAGCAAACUUUAAAAAAUACAAUGACUUGACUCUGGAGCUAGCCAUAUUAACAGAAAAGGAUUCAUCUGAAGACUUUGAAGACCACGAUGAACACGAGGAGAGAACCAUAAAAAUCAUCUCACGAUUACGGAGGAUAACCUCAAAAGCGCCCACAACCAAUACGUCGUCGGCAUCGUCGAAAACAAAAGUAGAAGAUACGGACGUAACCAGUCAUCAUGGUGGAGUGCGGUUGCCGGAGAUCGACAUCCCCACGUACGACGGGAAGGAUUACACAAAAUACGUCGCGUUCAUCGAGCUCUUCGACGCGAUAAUAGACUCCAGUGAAAAGUUAAAACAAGUGCAAAAACUAUACUACUUGAAAAAAUACCUGAAAGGUGAAGCAUUAGCGUUAAUUGAAGGUCUUCCAUUAACCUGCGAAUCAUAUGUUAAAGCCAGAGAGCUAAUUAAAUUGCGGUAUGACAAUAAAUUUCUGGUAAUAAACAAUCAUAUCCAAGCUAUAAUAGAUAGCACACCCAUUGUAAAAGGUUCUGCAAGCAACCUGCGGGACGUGGUAGCCAAUACUCGUCAGCAUCUAGGCGCCCUUAAGGCCCUAGGUCAGCCAACAGAGCAAUGGGACUUAAUUGUACUAACUAUUAUCUUAAAAAAGGUGGAUCAGUUUUCAUGCAGAGCCUAUCAUCAAGAAAGGGACAGUGACAAGAUGCCAAAUCUCGAAGACUUCUUGUCAUUUCUGGAGAGGAGAGCCAGCAGCUUUGAAGAAAGCCAACAAAGCGAAGACCGUGACCUACGGGCAAAAAAGUUCGAGUUUCCUGGCGACAAGAUGUCUAGAGGAGCUGGCGACAAGGUAUGAGGCAGAGCUUCCUAAAGCAGCAGAGGUGGUCCGCACUGCAAUGUAU